CCACCACCACUUUUUCUUCAGGGCUGCCCCCUCCCUCCUUUGUUCUCUCGGCCCCGCCCCUCCCUCAAUUUAGCUUGGCCAUUGGCUCAUGCAGCUUUCACUCGGGGUGGGGGGACCCGCUUGGUCCCGCUCCCCGACCCUGGGUGAUAUUGCCGAGGCGGGGAGACCCGGCGCUGCCUUUAUUCCAUUUUGCCUCGUCCCGGGCUACGGCAGCGGCGCGAGACAGGCACCAGCCAUGGAAGAAUUAAUAGUUGAGCUGCAGCUGUUUCUUCAACUUCUGGACCAUGAAUACUUGACUUCUACAGUCAGGGAAAAGAAAGCAGUUUUAAAUAACAUUCUUCUAAGGAUACAGGCAACAAAAGACUUUGAGGUAAAGGAAAAUGUACAAAGACAAGAGAUUGCCAUCAGUUUACCUGCACCACCUCAGAUGCCUUUGCCAGAAAUCCCACAACAAUGGCUGCCACCAGAUAAUGGUCCUCCUCCGUUGCCUUCCUCUUCUCUUCCUGAAGGUUACUAUGAAGAGGCUGUGCCACUCAGCCCAGGGAAAGCUCCUGAAUACAUUACAUCCAAUUAUGAUUCUGAUGCAAUGAGUAGUUCGUAUGAAUCUUAUGAUGAAGAAGAUGAAGAUGGAAAAGGGAAAAAAAUGAGACAUCAAUGGCCUUCUGAGGAAGCAUCGAUGGACCUUGUUAAGGAUGCUAAAAUCUGUGCCUUCCUUUUACGAAAAAAACGAUUUGGACAGUGGACCAAACUAUUGUGUGUGAUCAAAGAAAACAAACUGUUGUGCUAUAAAAGUUCCAAGGAGCAACAGCCUCAGAUGGAACUGUUAUUGUGUGACUGCAGUAUUACAUAUAUCCCCAAAGACAGUAAAAAGAAGAAGCAUGAACUAAAAAUUGCACACCAAGGUCAAGAUGCUCUAGUCCUUGCUGUACAGAGCAAGGAACAGGCAGAUCAGUGGCUGAAGGUAAUAAAGGAAGUUUGCAGCACCUAUGUUGGCACAGUAGAUUCAGAUGGACCAUCAUCUAAUUCUGUGUAUAAGACUGAUCUGGAAAAGAAGCUGUCCUUAGAAAGACCAAGUUCUGAUGGAGAAGGUGUGGUAGAAAAUGGCAUAACCAAUGUUUGUAAUGGGAAAGAACAUGUAAAGAGGAAAAAGAGCUCAAAGGUGGAUUCCAAAGGCCCUGUACCUAAAGUAACAGGAAAGAAGAUAACAAAGAUAAUUGGGUUAGGGAAAAAAAAGCCAUCUACUGAUGAACAGACCUCAUCUGCUGAAGAAGAUAUACCAACAUGUGGAUAUCUUAAUGUGCUCUCAAAUAACCGUUGGCGUGAGCGCUGGUGCAGAGUGAAAGAUAAUAAGCUUAUACUCCACAAAGACAGAACAGAUCUAAAGACUCAUAUCGUUUCUAUCCCUCUUCGUGGCUGUGAAGUUAUUCCAGGAUUGGAUUCGAAACAUCCCCUGACAUUCCGCUUGCUUCGAAAUGGUCAGGAGGUUGCAGUAUUAGAGGCUUCAUCUUCAGAAGAUAUGGGCAGGUGGAUUGGGAUUCUGCUGGCUGAGAGUGGGUCAUCGGCAGAUCCUGGCACUCUGCACUAUGACUACAUAGAUGUAGAUGUGUCAGCCAGUGUCAUUCAAGCUGCAAAGCAAACAUUCUGUUUUAUGAACAGACGGGUUCUUUCUACUAAUCCUUACAGAGGAAAUGCUGCUAAUGGCUAUGCGUGUCCCAGUGGAAUGGCACUUCAUUACGAUGAUGUUCCUUGCAUAAAUGGAUCAGUAAGAAUUGAUUUUUGUUGGGAACCAGAAGAUGGCUUUCCUACUUCUUCUAGCAAAAACACAGAAGAUGGGCUUUAUGAUAACAUGGGCCUGUAUGAUAAUUUGCCAUCCCCGAAAAUUUUUGCACGUUGUCCACCAGCAGAACGAAAAGCCAAUAGGUUAUCUACUGACAAACUGUCAUCUAACCACUAUAAACAACCUAUCUCAUCCAAUCUGUCUUCUGCUCAGUCUGUCACUAAUACAUCUGCUGUGGGGAAGGGAUCUGUUGCACAGUUUAAAGGAAAGAAAGUGCCAUUAGCUGCAAAUGGGAUUUCAGGAAAAGGGAGAACAUUAAGUAAUUCACCCAAAAAAUCAGAAUUUGCUUCAAAUGUGAAACGUAGCAGCUCUAAUGCAGAUCAAUACAAGUAUGGAAAGAAUCGUGUUGAAGCAGAUGCAAAGAGAUUACAAACGAAAGAGGAGGAACUAUUAAAGAAAAAAGAAAUCCUGAGGAAUCACUUGGCUCAGUUACGAAAGGAAAGGAAAGAACUCCGGGCAGCUCUUGAAAUGAAUCCUGGCAGGAAAUCCCUAAUAAUUCUUGAAGAUAAAUUAAAGAAGUUAGAAGAAGAGUGUAAGUUGAAAGAGUCUGAGCGUGUGUCUCUGGAACUAGAGUUGACAGAAGUGAAAGAGAAUUUGAAAAAAGCUUUGGCUGGAGGCAUCACACUAGGAUUGGCAAUUGAGCCUAAAUCACGGAGUUUAACUGCACAGUCCCCAGUUCUAAAGCAUCAGACUCUGGAGAAUUCACCUAUCUCUAGUUGUGAUACAAGUGAUACAGAAUGUUCUAUGCCUGUGAAUAGUGCAAUUGUCCUGAAAAGACAUUCCUCCUCAAGCACUUCUCCAUGCCGAGGCCACGUGCUUCAGAAGGCAAAGGAGUGGGAGAUGAAAAAUGGAACAUAAAGAAGUACAAUUGCUAUUAGAAUUCUGCUUUGGGACUCUUGACUCAAGAUGGACUAAGGAAGAUUAAUCUGCACAUGGGGUAUUAAUGGGUUGUCAAUUCUGUUUAGUGAAUGGUCAGUAUGCUUAAUGCAGCUUAAAAGGGGGGCCUUCUUGAAUGUGUCAUUUCAAAUGCAGUGAUUAUUUACUCACUUAAAAUAUGAAAGGAACAGUUUAAAUGAUUAUGUAGAUGGAUCAGGUAAAACUAGCACUAGCAAUUGUGUUGGAUGGAAAUGGAGAUUGGCAUGUUUCAGUACCCAUUUGGAAUAGUGUUAGAUACAUUUUAAUUAUUAGAUAUGAAAUCCAAUCUUGACUUCUUAAAACCCUGCUGUAUGAAUGUAAUAUUAAUUCAAGGCUUAUGAAUUUCAUACAAAAGAAGAAUGGAAAGCUGUAGUCUUUGCAGAAAUUACACAACUGCUGUUUUCCAUGGUGACUAGAGAUUAGAGAAGGACUAAAUUCUCAACUAGGGUGUGUGAUUGGAGCAAAUAGAAAAACAUCUUCCAAACCCAUGUAAUAAUACUGGUCUGUUUUAAACUUUUUAAAAAAAAAAUGUAUUUAUUUGCUAGCUUGUUUUGAAAUGUUUUUUAAGAAUGUUAUUUUAUUUUCAAAAAUUAAAUAGCAAUGGGUGCCACUUUACAGAUACAAAAAAGCUUCACAAUAUAAAGGCUGAUGUUUUCAAGCAAUUUAUGAAAGAAUCAGAAUAGCAAAUAAGCCAUCAUUGUAUUCUAAAACUUUUCAAAACAAAAAGAUAAAUUUGGAUUAAAAAAUCCAAAAAGUACCCAAAAAUAUUUAAGUUUGUUAAUUUUAAAUUAAUACUCCUUAAAAUUGCUACUUUCUUUCUCUAAUAAAUGAAUGUUUCUCUAAUGAAUGUUUCCCCAAAAAAAGAAAUGGCGGUGUUAUUUCUAAAAUCUGUUGUCUAUUAAAAAGACAGAGUAUUGUAAAGCAACAAUGUAAAGUUUGUUUUAAAAAGACAUUCUUUUCCUGCUGUAACUGGUUUAGGACACGAAUCUGAAUUGUGAGUUAGGAAGCGCCCAGCUGGAAAGCAUUGGGGAACCCAGGGUGGAUCUGUGUCUUCGUUUCCAAGCACCAUUUUCAGCACAGGAACUCCACCGUUGCAGACUUACUGAGAUAGUAUUUGUGAAGUACUUACAAUGCUUGAGAUAGUCUAUAUACCUUUUCAUUAUUGUCUUUCCAUCUUCAAAGAAAAUGUAAAAUAUCUCUUCAGGUAGAGUUCCACUAUUCCCUUCUGUGCAUAUGGGCUGCUCCAAUAUCAUCUGGCAUAGGAUGCAACACAGCUGGACAGAGAAAUCCUCCAUCAGAUAGUAAAUAGAUUUGCAAUGCUUUUGCAUCCCUUUCUCCCCUUUUCAAUUCUCUUUAUUAUCCAAGAGUCGUGACAAAAAUCAUGGCUGGAGAUGUUCAGUGUUUUUUCCUUUGUUCUCCUCCCUGUCAUAUUGAAGUAGAAAGUCCUUACAAGAAGCUGCUGCUGAUAGGAAGUUCUGAGUAAGUGACAAAAUAGCCAGAGUUGGCUCUGUGCCCUCUGUUUCUGCAACCAUAUCUCUUGUGUUUGAGUUAGAGUAGGUAGAAACUUGCAAAAUGGCAGGAUCCACAACUAACGUUACUUGUGAGAACAGAGACCAAAGCACUCUAAACUAGUGACUAUUUCUUUAUGCACCUGUACCUCUCACUUUAUAACACGUGACAACUUGAAGAAUUAAAGUCUAAGUCAAAAAUGCAUUUAUUUUUAAAGCACCUAAGAGGAGAACUGCUUGGGGAAGGCAGAAUGCUUUGGGCAUCAAUCCCUUUUUGUAGUUAAAUCUCCAACUCUGCAUUUGGACGUGACAUUUAUUCUUUGUACUGCCUGCGUUCUUCACGUCCACAAACUGCAGGUCAUAACUAAACUAAAGAACUAAAGAUUUUCAGCUUGCCAUGUCCAACCACAGCUUCAGGAUGGAGGUAGCUUUUUUUAUCCUGAUCUUGCUAAGUCUCUAAUAAGUUGCUUUUAAAAAAAAAAAAUUCUGAGAUACCUGUUCUUUAUAAUGCUCUCCUCCUCUGCUGGUAUUGGGUUUAUUAAGCCUUUGCUGAAGACCUAUAAAUGUUUUAGGCCUUUCCUGUACAAAUAGUUAUUCUUUAGAUGAUUAUUUUUUUAAUUUAUUAUAAUUUAAUUGUGGAGAGCUACUUUGGUGUAGUAGUUAACACAUCAGACUAUGAACUGAGAGACUGUGAAUUUUAUUUUGCUAUAGGCACAAAGGCCCUAUAGCAAAUGACUGACCUUGGGUCUGUCACACUCUCAGCCUUAAGAAGGAAGCAGUGACAAACCACUUCUGAAAAAACCUUGCCAAGGAAACUGCAGAGACUACUCCAGGCAAUCAUCAGGAGUCAAAGAAUGAUUCAAAGGCACCCAAGCUAUUUUGAGAAAAUUGCAUGGGAAAACAGCAUACAGUUAAAAUAAACAAAUACUGGGCUGCCAUGAAAUUCAACUGCCUGAAUUUAGGAAAAAAGCAUAUUAAAAUGUCCUUGGGUGAUAACCACCAUAUCUGAGAAGAUUCAUCUUGCCUUUGGUGACUUUUAUUAAGGAUUAAUGUUUGCAUUUAAGUUCCAGAUGUUACAGACAUCCAUAAAUUAUUCUAGCUUCCAUAAUGCUCAUGGGGUGUUUGUAAAGAAAUUAUAGAUUUUUACACACCUUGAUGAUAGAUUGACUUUUUCAUUUUCUACAAGAAAGGCUGUGUCAGGAAGAUGAAUUAGCAACUGAUCUUUGGGAGUCCAGUCAUAAUCAAAAGUAAACAAUUUUCCAGAGCUGUAGGGACAGUUGUUUUCAUGCAUAUCAUUUAUCUCAAACUGAUGCAGAGAAUGAAAUCAACAUGGGAUAUACAGCGCAGUAUCAGUAAGCAUAGUGUGCUUAUACAUCACUUCAUUUAUGACUCACUGUAUUGUUUCCUUGAAGAUUUAAUUUAUAAAGAUACGUUUAAUUUUAAAUAGCAUGUGCCAUUGGAAAUAGUUUUCCAAAAAUGGGUGUGAGCUUUAUAUGCUCUGCAUCUGCCUGAAAAAUCCAUCCAAAAGUAUAGCCCUACUUACUAGCUGUCUUGAAUCUUCUGUGCAGGCUAGGGCUAAUUCCCAAUGAAUCCUUGUUUCUGUUUUAUUAAAAACUUGAGAGCAGCACUAUGCUUGGGAAGGAAUUAGCAUAGAAAACAGCCUAUAUUUGUGUGCCAGUGAGGAACUCUAUAUGCAAUUGGUUGUAGCACUAUCUUCUUGUUUAUGCCAGAAAGAUGAAGGGGAAUAAGCAUUCCAUAAAUGGGGUAUAGCCCUGACUUUACAUGCUUGAUAAUACAAUUUUUCCACUGCUACUGCUUCUAAUAGUUGUCAGGAUAUUUUGUCUAUUUGACAGGGUUGGCAAAGUGCAGUGUGCUGAAAUAUCUUCAAUAGCCCAUUGAUCUUUACUGAAAGGAAGUUUUAAACAAAAGUUAUUUUGUUCAGGAAAAUUAUUUGAAACUAAUUUAUUUAUAUGUUUGAAUAAAUGUUUAAUUUAUGGAUGUACAUAUUUAUGAAUCUAGAUUUAGUUCUAAUCAACAGAUGUUUAGUAAGGAAGUGAUUUCUUUUAUGAUGUCUACCACAUACAGCAUAACAAAGAAAAUAAUUACUGUGUUUCCCCGAAAAUAUGACCUACCCCAAAAACAAGCCCUAGCCCAGUUUUCACACCUCCACCUAAUAUAAGCCCUACCCCCCCCCAAAAAAAACCUAGUUAAGCCCUGCCCACCAUCUGGUUGUACAAAGUGGGAUGAGGUGCAAGCUAGGGGAGGGUUGGGGGAUGGAGCUGCACCAUGCACCUACUUAAUUUAGGAUUGCUGCAGCCAGGCCUCCUGCGCUCUGACACCUAUUGCACCAUUGCCUGACUUCUGCAGCUGUAUGCCACAUGGCACAUUGCGCUGGUGCCACCUCUCAUGGCGAGACUCAUUGGGCCAGUGUCACUGCUUGCAUGUGCAACAAACAGCAUGUCAUGCAGCCUGCUGCCACAAGCAGCGCCACUGGCGCAACGGGCCAUGUGGUGCAUGGCUGCAAGUGGCUGCAGAAGAAGUCAGGCAGCACCAUAACAGGUGUCGGGGCAUGGGAGACAUGACUGCGAUGCUCCUAAGGUAAGUGGGUAAGACUUCCCCUGAAAAUAAGACCAGGUGUUAUUUUGGGGCCAAAAAUAAAAGACCAGGUCUUAUUUUUUGGGAAACACGGUAGAAUAAUUUUAUCAGAUAUGUGCAAUUUUAUCUUUAUGAAUAUUAUUUUGAGCAUAGGGUGCAUUUUGAAUGGUAGUUGCUAUCAUUUCAUCUUUUUUUAAGCUGGCAAUAUGACUGGGGAACCCGUGACUCUCCAGAUGUUGUUGACCUACAGCUUCCAGCAACUCUAGCUAGCCUUGUUGUUAGGUUUUUAGUUCAGUAGCAUCAGAAGACAAUGGAUUCCCUAGGCCUGUGCUAAAUUUAACCCCAAGGAUGUCAGACCCAGCAUGAGAGAUGAGCCUGUUAUGUUGCUCCAGUGGCCUUACUCUAAAACAGUUGUAGACAUUUUAAAGAUACUUUGACUUUCACUUGUUGGAAUCAUACUUAAUGCUCUUGCUUGCCUAAGCAUUUCCAGAAGACCUAUAAAAUUGAAUUAAAUUUGCAAUCUAGUUUCUCUCUCUUUGCUAUAUUGCUUGUUUGGUUUCAAUUUUGUGUGUGUUUACACUUUGUUGUUCUAAGAAAAAAAAUUGGCACAGAACAUUUUAAUCUUGAGACCAGAGGAGCAAUAUAGCAUCUUCUAGGGCAGAGCUGUCAAACCCGCGGCCCGUGGGCCAGAUACGUCACGUGCUGGCCACACCCACGCCUGAUUUAGCAAAGGGGGAAAAAGUUGUGAUAUGUGACGAGGUGAGUUUGACACCCCUGUUCCAGGGGUAAAGGUAUGGUGUAUACAUAAAAUAUAUUUCACUGGUCCAUUCUUUUUUCCCAUCAUGCAUUUUACUAUCCUUUUGCAGGCUUCUGUUCAUAAGUAGGAAAGCUUUAUGAACUCAUUCAUCAGGCUGCCUUGGCAAUAGUGCUCCCAGCAAUUUUUUAAAAGUUUUAUAUACAUUUCUACAAUACUGUACAGGGACAUUUUACAGAUUUAAGUUGCAAUGGUAUUGUUUAAAUUUUUGUUAGGAAAUCAUAUUUGAAGUCAUAGGGUUAGGAUAUGAGUAUAAUUUCAAUGUAUUUGGGGAAUGGGCAGUUUUUUUUUAAAAAAAACCAAUAUAUUUGCAACAUUUUAAUACUAAUUUUAUAUCAGUCUUCUAAUAUUACUUACUGCACCUACCAAUUAAUCAGAAUUGUCUAAUCCAAAAUAUUCAUAUAUUAAAACUGUAAUUUCCUACUGUAUUUUUAAAUGAAAACCUAUUUCAGUUCUCCAAGCAGGCAAAACGUAUCAACAAGAGGAAGCGUUCUCUCAAUAUUUAUUUUAUGUCUCCUGUUGUAUUUUAUUAUACUGCUUAAUGUUUUUCCUGUGUUUGUCAAUGUUCAGCUGUUAGAAAUUAAAUGCUGAAUUAAUUAAACCUGCAGUUUAACUUUGGAGAAAAAAAACACCUUUAUAAAUAAAUUCCAAAUGAAAAAAAAAAUGCCCACGAGAAACUUAGGCCUCAUUAGCUAUGAUUUAAUUAUUUUUACCUUUUUGUCCCCCAAAUGUUAUGACAGGCACCUUUUUGGUGUAACAUUUACUUAUUAUUAAUAAAGAAAAAUGGUGAAAAACCAG